AGGGAGGACAGUGUGAAGUGCCCUUAGUGACGCAGCUGUCAUUCGAGCACACAAAACCCACAAAUCCUUGCCCCUUCUCAUAUACAGCAAAUCAGAGUUUGCAACUGUCGGAUCCCCCACCCUCUUACUUUCUCUCUCCACCCAAUAUUUCUUUCUUAUACUCUCUCUCUUCAAAUCGACAUCUAUCUGUCAACUAUCAUCACCACCACCAUUACAGCCGCCUCCACUCCUUUGCAGUCGUGUCUUGAGAAACGGAUGGAGGUGGAGUCGACAUCCACGAGGAGACGAGGGAUCAGUUAAGAAGUUUGUUUUUGUAAGUAAAAUUGCAUUGGACAUGCCAUAAUGGCUCAUCAGCAUUAUCGAUCGCCGUUUGGGGACACGACGUUGACUAAGGUUUUCGUCGGAGGGCUGGCGUGGGAGACUCCAACUGAUGUAAUGCGGGGUUAUUUCGAGCAGUUUGGUGAGAUUCUUGAGGCUGUGAUCAUCAACGAUAAGACCACCGGAAAGUCUAAGGGAUAUGGAUUCGUGACAUUUCGUGAUCCUGAAUCCGCCAAGAGGGCUUGCGCUGAUCCCAACCCUGUGAUUGACGGAAGAAGAGCCAAUUGCAACAUUGCCUCCUUGGGACGGCCUCGACCGUCUCCACCCAGAGGAAGAAAUCAGGUGGGGAGUCUAUAUCAAGGAGGUGGAUCGUCGUCGUUCCCGUCUCUACCUCCACCGCCUCCACCGCCACUGCCGCCUCCGCCUCCGGUGAUGUAUCCGCCGUAUGGGUACGCGACUUACCCUCCUGAUUAUGGUUACCAGCAGACAAUGUACAACCCACAAGUGCAGCAAGCACAGUACUACAAUCAAGUGUAUGGAGCUUCAUCUUCAACCAUGGGAGCACCGUAUUACUAUGGGUACUCGGUACAGGCACCCAGAGGAACAUUUCCCAUACCCCCGGCGCAACGUUUUCAAGGACCCUCUUACGUUUACUAUCCUACGCAGGUGGAGGCCUCUUCUCCCACCUAUCCUCCUCCCCUCCCUCUACUCCAACCAAGAAGGCUUACCUUCCCACCCUCCACCGAUUCAGGUGGUGUUGCUGCACAAACGUCGACAGAAAGAGAAGCAGGAGCUGGUCCAGCAGCUUCCACGAGUCCUACUGCUUAAGACACACACGGUCUGGGGGACCAAAUUCAAAGUUGUUCAUUAAUCAUGUACAAUCCAUAUAAUUCUUCAUGUAACCAUUCAUUUUUAUUUUUAUUUUUAUUUUUGGGUCCAUGAUCAUUUAUAUUAACGAAAAUUUCUUGUACUGACCCACCCGUAUUCAGGGGAAACAAACUGUCCCCUACCCCCAAACUAAUAACAUGGAUAUGUAUUUAGCUUC